CGUUGUCGGCGGCAUUUCAGUUCGCGCGAACAUGUGAUGUUAAGUGUUUAAGUGGUUGUUCUUUAAAUCGUAAAAUAGUCAUUUGUAGUAAUGUUAUCCGUUUUGCUUUGGAUGGUUACGGAGUUUGAUAACACGUCCUCCGAAGUACAACACGACCAACCGCCAGAGGACUGGAGCAAACUCUCUUUUAUUUUACGCGUAUUCAUACCAGUAGCUGGACUACUGAUACUUUUUAGGAAAAAACAAAUUAUCUCCAGACUGUUGCUACAGUUAGACAGAAAUUGCGUGUCAGUUCUUUGUCCAUCGUUCAGUCGCAGAGAGAAGUUACUGAAAUGGGCAGGUAGUAGACUUCCAGAAACAUGGUCCUCUCAGUCAAGGACGUUGGCGGGAGGCGUGGCAGAACUAUGGUCCGAUGGAUCACUUCUGUGCACCUUGAUCAAUUCAGCCAUACCAGGGGCUUGCCCAAACCCACAUAGACACUGGAAGAAAGCUCCCCUGCACGCCCAAGCAAUCGCCUACAAAUAUCUAGGCGUCAUACCAAUCUUCACCGAAACCGACCUAAAAGGAAGCCUGACGGUGACCCUAGAAAGAAAUUUUCUACAUUACCUAAACGAACUGCAACAGGCAAUCACGAAACUUCUAGAAAGAAAUGAUACACCGAAAAGCAUAUCCAUACACUACGUCGUGAGAGGUAUGGGACUGUACUCCGGCGAACAGCACAGAAAAGCCGUAUUUUACGUGUAUCCCAACGCGAACACCACUGGCCAGAACAGCAACAUAAUUAUACACAUCAGAGGUCCAUAUGCCACCUACGGAAAAGCCGUAAUACCGAAAUUCAACAGUGACUUGUUCGCUACUCCAGAAAUCAACAUCUUGUCAGACCUGCAAGCUACCAAGAAGCUCUUAAACGGAAACAUAUUGACGCCGAAAAGUACCUUUAUGAAGAACUUUUCGCUGCCCUUCAUGCAGUACCACAAAAAACACACGGGCGACAACAUAGUCAUAGAUGUUGCUAUGGAAGGUGAUAGGGCCAAAGUGACUUACAUACCCAAGAAUUAUGGUAUGUACGAAAUCAUCAUGGUUGCUAAUGGCGAAUUGAUAAGAGGUUGCCCAUUCAACGUGCACAUAUUAAACAACGUUUCUGGCAUUGAAGACAGCUUCGACGGCGAAGAAAAAGUAGAUGACAUUCCGAGUUUACGGAGAAGGAAGAUACUUUCUAAAACGAUUGAUUUUAUAGACGAACAGAUGCCAAUAGCUGAAGUGUUGAGAAAAUACAAAGCAAAAGAAGAAAAUGUUGAGUAUGAGGAUAAAGACACUAAAAGUAAAACUAAAAUUGAAGAGGACGAGUUUGAUGAAACAAGAAAAUUGAAUGGAUCUGUAGUGCCACAGACAGAAACUACCAGUGUAACGCAGUGUAUCAAAAAUACCCAAGAAGAAGACGAUGAAGACGGAAAUUUGUUGGAUAACAAAAUUAAUGAUUGUACUGACGAAACGGAUUGUAAUUUAGCUGACGAUGAAAGUAUUUCAGAGAAGCAAAAUUCAGAAUCUACCAGCGAAAAUUGCAAAACCAAGCUAAACAUUACCAAUGAAAAUAACUUGAUACCGAGUCAUAAAUUAAACGAAAAUAAUCAAACACGAGGCAUAAUUCACAAGGUAAACCAUUACACUGAUAAAAGCACUCACAAGGCUCUAGGCAACGAUCUAUCGGUUAGUUUACAAUUACAAUCAACAAAUGAGUCAACCAGUGACACGAAAAAAUUAGCAGACGUGUUACAGCAAAGAAAACAAACGUAUAACGUUGCUGUCAACACAAAUUCCAGUAAAACUUCUGAUGACAAUCAAAGCCGAAUAGAAGUGAACAAAUUAAAAAUCCCUGAAAGAUUUUGUGAACUUCAAAAUACUGUAAAUAAUAAAUUCAGCGCUGAUGUAGACACUAAGUACUUCAAAAACGUUAUCAACACUUCUAAUAAAAGAGAAACGCCAAAGAGGAUUUCUAAAAAACUGAACGAUGACCGUGUUAAAAACGUCAACAGAGUAAAUAUUUUGCAAGACACAGAUAAAUAUCCUGAGAAUUUAAAAAAUGACGACAAUAAUAAUAACCACACUCCCAAUCUCAAUUACAGUGAAGCAAGAGAAAAUGUUAAGGCACUACGAGUCUAUCAAAGAGACUCAAACAAGGACACACCUAAAAUAAAAACUAUUCCUAAUAAAUUUCUUCAAACUCAGCAGCACCUCCAAAAUUUAGAACCCCCUUCAGGAAACCCACCAAUUACUUCCCCAAUAUGCCCUGAUCAUAUUGUCCCCGAAGUAGAGAAUUCUUACAGAAAAAUGUCUGUGGCUGAAAAAAGAAAGAUAUUCUCCAAAAACACCCCAGACAAAAUCUCCACCUCCACGAACUCUUCGUUUUCAGAAACUGAAAAUGCUGAAGGCUCCCUCAGUCGCCCGUAUUUCAGACAGUUCGAAGGGCUCAGCGUUCUAAAUUAUUUGGGCAGUUUAAAGAAAUCGGAGUGUACCAACAAACGAGAACCUUAUCCUCUAAGCAGCACCAUGAGUCUCCCGAAUAUUUCUUCCAUGGAAAAUGGCGUUUUCAGGAACUCCGUGAAGGAAAGAGCAAACUUUUGGGAAAAGUUGUCAUCCAGUUCUAGUUCACUCAGUAUAAACUCGGAAGAGUCGUUGAAGAGGAAAACUCACAAACUAUCGGAAAUCGAACGGUGCAAGUUAAUUUGGAAGAAACCUGACGAAAACACGGCUUCAGGCACAAGCAUUAGUACGAUCGGGGAAAAUGAAAAUGUCGAUAAAAAUGAGGAUAUUCGCAAAUCUGCCGAUGAUAUUUUGUCCAUCACGAACUUUGUUCCGCGCGAUGCUCCCAAGAAACACAAAUCAAUGGACCAUUCUCUGGAUAAAUGCACCAUGAUGUCUAUCGAUGAAAGGAAAAAAAUGCUCUUGAAACAAAACUAUGAAAAAGAAAUAUCUGGGAAACAAUCGCCUGUAUCUUUGCGGAAUGUGAGUAUUAAAGAAAAUCGCAAAAGUUACUUGAACCAAAAGCCAAAAGUUAUAAAUGAAGAUCAAAAUGUUGACGAUGUUAUGGUGUUUUCUUCUAUUGUCGACAGGAUAAAGAAAUAUGACAGUGUUUGCAAUUUAUCAAACAACAUAACAGAAAAACAAACAUCAAAUACAUCCUACAACAACAAUGCAGAUGUCAAAUUAGCUGCUUCACCUGUUUCCAAAGACAACUCAAAUACCAGUUUGGCUGCGACAACUUCCAUGAGUAACGCCAAGGAAGAUAUACGCGUUUUGCCGCAAACCGAACUACUGACGGUCAAGUCCCAUUUCAAAAGAGCCAUAAAAUAUUUCAAAAACCUGGAGGAAAAAUCUUUGAAUAAAUCGAAAGCUAGGUUAAAACCGAAAGACUGCCGAAGGCAUUCCCUGAAUCUUCUGUUUGAUAAAUACCACAAAAAAGGAGGUAGCCUAAACUUUAGUAAUAUCAAACAACGAUUCGCCGUAAGCAACUUGUACGAAGACGUUUUUGGAGAUAGAAGAUGUAACUUCAAAGGUGCAGCAAAUCGAAGUGCGCUGGUAGAAGCUCUGGCCACAUUUUCAAGAAAUGAAAGUCGCUAUUUCAAGGAAGAUGAGGAUAAAAUAAUAUACGAAAUAUUUCAGAAAAAGUCGAAAACUAAGAGAAGGAAAAGUAUUAGAUCUAUUUUUGAUAUAUAUUAUUAAUUUAUUUAUUGUUCGAUUGUUUUUUUAUUUUAAUUUAAUAUACUUAUUUUUAUUAUUAUAUUAAUAAUAAAUAGUUGUUCAUUCACUAAUUUUAACUCGUGUUUGUUGACAGCCCAAUUAUUAUACAGAUUUUUUUUAUAUCCUAAAAUCCUGGAUUGAUUUUAUUUCCAUAAUUUUUAAAUCAACAUUUAAACUACUUCUUCAA